AUGCAGCAGCAGUAUACAGCUUCAUUAGCUGGUCUUCCAGGACUAGCACAAGUUGCUUUAUUCUCACAGGGUGGUUCUCCAUUCUCUCUGUACCCAACAAUGCUGUACCCACCAGAGCUGCUGCUGGAACAGAGUCUUCUUCAAGGUCAUGGUCUUCCACCAGGUCUGGAUAAGGAAGCUGAAAUGAUUGCCAAGACCAGGCGAACCCAUACCACGCGUGGUCCUCACAUGCGCGUCAUGAAGGAUGAGCCUAUCCCUGAAGGCUAUCUCCGCUUCAGGUUCAACGAGGACUGCGCUUACCAGCACUGUGGAUACAGGGAGCAUCAAACGCAUUUCCAUUGCACGAGAAAGGACUGUGGUUACUCAUUCUGCGACAAGACUAGAUUCGUCCAACAUACUGCUAGACAUGAAAGAUUGGACACGUUGAUGGGCGGUGACUUCCAGCAGUACAGAGCUAAUGUCUACUGCAAGCGACCGGAGUGUCCACAUGCGUCGACAUUCGGAACAGGACAGAACAAGGCAUCUCACUUCCAUUGCCUAAAAUGUGACUUCGUGUGCACUGACACCAAUAAGGUCGUCGCCCACCGUCGGCAGCAUCAGAAACUCGACUCCAUCCAGGCUGCUGGCUUCGAGAAGUUCCCACCUAGCAAAGGUUGUGGCUAUGAGCCCCAAUGUAUCCACAGCAAGAAGCAGACCCAUUACCACUGCUUACAGUGCGGUUUCGCAGUCCUCGGCCUCUCUCAGAUGACGUCACACAAGUACAAACACCAGGAAGCGAACCUUGGUCCCUCCACCAGCGGUACCAACUGA